AUGGGUGUCCGAGGGCUCUGGAAGGUGAUCGAGCCUACUGCUCGGCCGGUGCUAUUGGAGAGCAUGAGGGGCCAGAUUCUGGCUAUUGACGCCUCAAUUUGGAUAUACCAUUUCAUCAAAGCUAUGCGUGAUGGCAAAGGACAACUUCUGCGGGCAGCCCAUCUGGUGGGCUUUUUCCGUCGGAUCUGCAAACUUUUGUUUUACGAAAUAAAGCCUGUAUUUGUAUUCGAUGGUGCUGCGCCUAUUUUGAAAAAAAGCACUACAAAGCGACGCCAGCAAAGAAGGCAGGACUGCGAAGAGACUGCCCGCGCAACUGCUAAUCGAUUAUUGACCUUACAGCUGCAAAGGAUGGCGGAAAACUCUAAAGAGAGCCAGGUUCCCGUAAAAGGCUCAAUUCCUCAAAAUGCACACUAUUUGGACGGUGAGAGCAGUAAAGGGAUCACACCAAAGGGAUUUCAGAGUCUUGAUACCUAUCACCUCCCCGAAAUUGAAUCGAUCAUGCCUAUACAGGUAAACGAUAGCCGGCUUUUGACCGAGGAAGAGUUGAAUGAGUAUGCAUCAAAGUUUACCGAAGAAGCCAGGGCCGGGUUCAUCGAUACAGCCACUAUUGAUUUUAAAUCUCCUGAAUUUGCAUCCCUUCCUUUGGCUACUCAAUACCAGCUAGUCAACACUGCCCGUUUGAAGUCCCGUUUGCGAAUGGGGUAUUCUGCCGAGCAGCUUGAUGCUAUGUUCCCUGAUAGCAUGGAUUUCUCUCGAUUUCAAAUCAAGAGAGUUGCUCAACGAAAUGCAUUGACUCAAAAGUUAAUGGGAUUGGGUGGCUUGGAAGAGGAUCUCACACGCCGUGUAUCCAGUGAAAAGAACAAGCACUAUAUGCUGAAGAGAAACGAAAAAGGGUGGACCUUAUCGCUGGAAAAUGCAGACUCAACUGCGCAGUCAGAGUCACUAGAACACAGAGGACAAAAUGUUAAAAGAGAAGAACAUUCGGACAGCGACGAGUUUGAGGAUGUCGAUCUGGAACCUGAACCCAAUGAGCCACAGCGUGAAUCACUAGCUACUUCGUCUGAAGAAAGGUCUCCUGAUUUUGAAAAGCUGUUCGGAUUCGAAGCUGCUGUUCAACGAGAAAAGCUAUUCCCAGUCGAGUUCAGCGAGCCAAAGCACCCUAGUUCUGCCCAACAUGCUUUUGGACAUACUGGCUCGACCAAAAGUGGCCCUGUUUCGUUUUUGUUCUCUAAUCAAGCACCUCAGACCAAACAAGAUUCUGACCCCGCCAAAAAAAAGGACGUAGAGGAACCCCCUCCUUGGUUUGCUUCAAGUGACAGCAAAUUUGAGUCCAUGGCCCUGACCGAUAGAACCGAAGGCAGUUUGGUCCCGAUUGAGCUUGCAGACAGCAUACGAAGAGAAUACGAUGAAUAUCGCUCAUCCAAGCGCCCCAAAGUGGAGCCUGAGCGCAACCAAGAGACGGAGACGAAUACCAUACCUGCUGAAGAUACGACCCAGCAGUAUCUCAAUACGUUCGAUGCUCGCGAACGGCACAAUGACAGCUGCAAAGAACGGGAGCCUGAGCGCAAACAAGAACCGGAGACGAAUACCAUACCUGCUCAAGAUACGACCCAGCAACAUUUCAGUACGUCCGAUGCUCGCGAACGGGACAAUGGCAGUUACAAAGAAUGGGAGCCGGUUAACAUAGCAGGUGCCAUUGAUACUGAGCCUCAACAGUCCGAACUCGAAAACGAAUCUGUUGCUCCGAAAGAUCUAACACCACCAGGACCAGUCGAAGUUUUAGACCUGACAGAAGAUUCUCCAAACCAUUCCGAGCCAGUGGAGCAAGCUGAGACUAUCGAGCCCCAACGUGUCGAGCCCGAGUUCGAGUCUGCGAUGACGCCUACCACAGCCGAUGAAGAGCACACCGAAGAGUAUGGCAACAAGGUUUUAACAGAAGAAGAUAUAAUGCUUGCAGAGGCCGAUGCCCUGGCUGAGGAAGACGAGGAUCAGGAUCUGGCCGACAUGAUGAUAGGCGAAGUUGAAGAAACCGAACGGUUCAACAAAGCUCUAAACAUCGUCGCCGACCGUGCAGCUUAUCAGACAGAAAUCACAACUCUGAAACAGCAGUUCGCUAAUCAGCAACGUGAUGCGGAUACAGUCACCGACGAAAUGGUUUCAGAGUGUCAAGAGCUUUUGCAGCUUUUCGGAAUUCCUUACAUUACUGCGCCCAUGGAGGCGGAAGCACAAUGUGCAGAACUUCAAACUCUUGGCCUUGUUGAUGGCAUUGUUACUGAUGAUGGCGAUUCGUUUUUGUUUGGAGAAGUUCUUGUUUAUCGCAACAUGUUCAGCAUGGCCAAAUAUGUUGAGAGCUACAGCAGUGACCAGAUCAAUGAGCAGCUCGGUCUUGAUCGAUCUCGGUUAAUAGGAUUGGCAUUUCUUCUUGGUUCUGACUAUACAGACGGCAUACUUGGCAUUGGGCCCGUAAUAGGUGUCGAGUUACUUGCAGAGUUCGGCAGCUUGGAGCACUUUAGAGACUGGUGGAGUGUGGCUCAGAGGAGUCCGACCGAUGAAAACCUGUCGUCUCCAUUUAAACGCAAAUUCUACAAAAGAUUCAAGUCCAAGUUGUUUUUACCCGAGAAUUUCCCGGAAGCCGCAGUCACAGAGGCCUACGAGCACCCGGUAGUGGAUCCAGAUGAUACCAAAUUCGAGUGGGCACCCUUAGACAUUGCAGCUCUAAAAGCAUUUUUCGAGCGACAUGCUGGCUGGAGCCCAGAGUACACUAAUGAUCUGCUAGUGCCGGUCGUGGAAGAAACCAAGCGAAGACAAUUGGUAAACAAGGGUCGGAAAGAUCAAAGCAGCCUGGACAAGUGGAUUGUAGAGAAGGAGCACACGAGAAGCAAACGUGCUCACAGAGCGACCGAUCUGCUCAAACGAAAAAGGUAG